AUGGACACUACAAACAGUGAUGAACUGAAAGAGAUUCAGAAUUUUGACAGUGAUGACAUUGAAAAGGCUGAACUAGAGGAGCCUGAGGACCAAAGUAGCAUAGUAUCAUGGACAAAACAGAUCACAAUUCGAGGAAUAAUAACUAGCUUCCUUAUUGGUAUCAUUUAUAGUGUGAUUGUGAUGAAGCUGAACCUCUCAACUGGGCUUGUUCCCAAUCUCAAUGUUUCAGCUGCUCUCCUUGGCUUUGUGUUCAUUCGAGCUUGGACUAUGUUGCUUGAGAAAGCAAAGAUUGUUUCAACACCUUUCACUCGACAGGAGAAUACCCUAAUUCAGACUUGUGCUGUUGCAUGCUAUAGCACAGCUUUUGGAGGUGGUUUUGGGUCUCACCUCUUGGGUUUGAACAGGAAGACAUAUGAACAAGUAGGGGUUGAUACACAGGGGAAUACUCCUAACACCAAGGAACCUGGAAUUGGCUGGAUGACAGCCUUUCUCUUUGUGACCUACUUCGUCGGGCUAGCGGCAUUGGUUCCCCUUAGGAAGAUGAUGAUCAUAGACUACAAAUUGACUUAUCCAAGUGGAACUGCUACAGCUGUUCUUAUUAACGGGUUCCAUACUCAUAAAGGAGAUGACAUGGCCAAGAAGCAGGUCAAUGGUUUCAUGAAAUUGUUCUCAUUCAGUUUCCUUUGGUCAUUCUUCCAAUGGUUCUAUGCUGGUGGAGAUCAAUGUGGAUUCGUUCAGUUUCCUACAUUUGGUUUGAAAGCAUGGAAAAACUCAUUUUACUUUGACUUCAGCAUGACUUAUGUUGGAGCAGGAAUGAUUUGUUCCCAUCUUGUCAACUUCUCCUUGCUUCUUGGUGCUGUGCUCUCAUGGGGUAUUAUGUGGCCAUUGAUCAGGGGACUGAAAGGACAAUGGUUCCCUGAGAGUUUACAAGAAAGUAGUAUGAAGAGUCUUAAUGGUUAUAAGGUUUUUAUUUCCAUUGCCUUAAUCCUUGGUGAUGGGUUCUACAAUUUUGUCAAAAUUGUUUAUUUUACAGCAACAAAUAUCCAUGCUAGCAUGGAAAGGAGGAAUCACAAAACAGUUUCAAUUUCAGAUAACGAGAAGCACCAGCCUCUAGAUGAUGUUAAACGUGACGAAGCUUUUGUAAGAGAAAGCAUUCCCAUAUGGUUAGCAUGUACAGGGUACAUACUAUUGUCUUCCAUUUCUAUCAUCGUUAUCCCUUUUAUUUUCCCUGAGGUGAAAUGGUACUAUGUGGUGGUUGCCUAUCUGCUUGCACCAGCACUUAGCUUCUGCAAUGCUUAUGGUUCUGGCUUAACUGAUAUGAACAUGGCCUAUAAUUAUGGGAAAGUGGCUCUUUUUGUGCUUGCUGCCUUAGGUGGGAAAAGUGACGGCAUAGUCGCCGGACUUGUCGGGUGUGGCGUGAUCAAAUCUCUUGUUUCCACCUCAUCUGACUUGAUGCAAGAUUUUAAGACUGGCCACCUCACCUUCACUUCUCCAAAAUCAAUGCUUCUAACUCAAGCUAUAGGGACAGCAAUAGGUUGCGUUAUUGCUCCACUCACAUUCUUCCUUUUCUAUAAGGCUUUUGAUGUGGGAAAUCCAAAUGGUGAAUACAAAGCACCAUAUGCCAUCAUAUAUAGAAACAUGGCAAUUCUUGGUGUUGAAGGAUUUUCUGCACUCCCUCACCACUGCUUGCAGCUUUGCUGUGGGUUCUUUGCAUUUGCUGUAGCAGCCAACUUGGUGAGAGAUUUGAACCCCAAAAGCAUUGGGAGAUGGGUUCCACUUCCAAUGGCAAUGGCUGUCCCUUUUGUUGUAGGUGGAUACUUUGCAAUUGACAUGUGUGUGGGUAGUUUGAUUGUGUAUUUGUGGCACAUACUAAAAAGCAAGGAGGCAAGUUUGAUGGUUCCAGCAGUUGCUUCUGGUUUGAUUUGUGGAGAUGGACUGUGGAUUCUCCCUUCAUCUAUUCUUGCAUUGUUUAAGGUUCAUCCCCCAAUCUGUAUGAGAUUCCUUGCAACCAACUAG